AUGGAAAUUGAAGGGGUGGAGCUUCCACUAAUUGUUGUGGAUGGAGAUGGACCAUCACUUUUUGGUCGAAAUUGGCUACAGGUCAUACGCCUAGAUUGGAGUCAAUUGAAGUUGAACCGGGUUGAGACUGCCACACCUACUUUAGAGAAGCUAUUGGAAGUACACGGAGAGCUAUUCGAGUCUGGUGUGCGAACUCUGAAAGGAUAUACUGCGCAUUUGGAAAUCAACAAAGAUGCCACUCCUCGGUUUUUCAAACCAAAGUCUGUGCCAUAUGCGUUACGGGGUGCCAUCGAGAAAGAGUUGGAUCGUCUGGAAGCGAAUGGAGUACUAGAACGUGUCCAUACUAGUCGGUUUGCAACACCAAUAGUACCUGUUCCAAAAUGUGAUGGCAGCAUCCGCAUUUGUGGGGAUUACAAGGUUACAGUUAAUCCCGAGCUGUCUGUUGACCAGUAUCCCUUGCCAAAGCCUGAUGACAUCUUCGCUACUUUGGCAGGAGGAGAAAAGUUUUUGAAAGUUGAUUUGGCCAAUGCCUAUCAACAGGUACUACUGGAUGAAGAGUCUAGAGACUUGGUGACUAUCAACACGCACAGGGGUUUGUACCAGUUUACCAGAUUACCUUUUGGUAUUGCCAGUGCACCAGCAGUGUUCCAGAAUUUGAUGGACCAGAUAUUACAGGGAACAGAAGGAACUGGGUGCUACCUGGAUGACAUAAUUUUCACGGGCAAGAAUGAUGAAGAUCAUCUCAAGAAUUUGUCGGUUGUUUUAAGUCGACUUCAGAAGUAUGGUUUGAGGCUAAAAAGAAGCAAGUGUGUAUUCUUACAACCGGAGGUGGAGUUCUUAGGUUGUAGGAUUGACAAGACCGGGCUCCACACAUCCGAUGAAAAGGUCACGGCUAUCAAGCAAGCACCAACGCCAAAGAAUGUCACACAAUUGCGUUCAUUCUUGGGAUUGCUAAAUUAUUAUGGAUGCUUUUUGGCAAACUUGUCUACUCUGUGUCAGCCUCUAAAUCACCUCUUUGAGGAAAGACACUCCUUGGAAGUGAACCAACCACUGCCAACGGGUUUUCCGGCAAGUGAAAGAGCAGCUAGCAUCAGCAAAGGUAUUGGUGCAUUACAAUUCUGAGCUUCCACUCAGUCUAUCAUGCGAUGCUUCAUCCUAUGGAAUUGGAGCUGUCAUUUCACAUACUUUCCCUGAUGGUGCAGAGAGACCUAUUGCAUUUGCCUCGAGGUCAUUAUUGCCAGCCGAACGGAAUUAUUCUCAAUUGGACAAGGAGGCAUUGUCACUGGUGUUUGGCGUAAAGCGUUUUCACCAAUACCUAUAUGGCAGGAAAUUUGUUCUGAUCACUAAUCACAACCCGCUGACAACUAUUCUGGGUCAGAAACAGAAGGUACCAUCAAUAGCAGCGGCACGGCUACAGAGGUGGGCUUUACUGUUAUUCGCAUACAAAUACCUUAAAGUACCGAGGAUCCGCACAACAUGGAAAUGCUGAUUGCCUAUCGAAGUUACCUCUAGAUAACUGUGCCAGAGGAGGUGAGCUCAGCAGAAGGUAGGAAGGUGAAUCUCACUCAGCUUACCGCUCUUCCUGUUACUAGCAAGGAAUUAGCAAGAGAAACCAAGAAGGACCUAUUGUUGUCAAAGGUUUUCAGGUAUACAAUG